UCACACCACAUAUGUAAAAAACAUUUCGUCGACGGGUUUCUUCGUAAAAAGUUGUACACUUUUGCAGUUCUGAAACAGAAUAAGAAUUUAAAAAUAAGGCAAUGGAACUAAAACACAAGAAACCCCAACAGAAUUGAAUGAACUAAAGACGCCAGAUAAAAGAAACAGCCGUACCUAGUCCCGAUAGUUCCUCUAGCCGAAUAGUUCCCUUGAACUAGUUUGUUCCGGAACGACACAACCCUAGCUCUAGGCCAAAAGAAAACUUGUUUACAUCAGGAGAUCACAAAUCGUAAAUUUAAGGAUAUUUUGUUAAAUAAGAUGAGCUUGCAACCGGCUAGCACUUCACAGACAGCAACGACAUCACAGGACGCUUGUUAUAUUUCAUUACUGGGCCUGGCGGAAUAUUUUCGCACGUCACAGCCACCGAACAUCAAGAGGUGUAUACAAUGUCUACAAGCUUUGUUUACGUUCAAUCCACCAUCGAAAGUAGAGGCACGCACCCAUCUGCAAAUGGGCCAGAUACUUAUGACGUACACCCAUAACAUCGACAAGGCCCGGGAACACUUGGAAAAGGCGUGGAAAUUGUCCGAGUCAUUAUUAAAUUUUGACGAUGUUAAAUUUGAUACCGCAUCAAUGCUGGCCGAACUGUACAAACAAAUCGAUCAGGUUCCCCUGGCCAAGGCUAUGCUGCGAAAGGCAAUCGAAUUGUCACAAAACAAUGUCUAUUGGCAUUGUAAACUGCUGCUGCAAUUGUCCCAACUACAUGCAAAUGACAAGGAAUACACUCUAGCUUCAGAGCUGCUUGCGGUUGGUGCAGAAUCAGCCGAUGAGUCAAGUGCCACAUAUUUAAAGGUGCUCUUUCUGCUGUCACGAGCAAUGAUCCUAAUGAUAGAACGUAAAACCAACGAUGUACUGGCACUGCUCAAUUCGGCUGGGGCCAUAAUUGACAAUAGUAUUGCGAAUCCACAUCAGAAAGAGUAUUUGAAGGUGUUCUUUUUGGUGCUACAGGUGUGCUAUUAUUUGGCCCUGGGUCAGGUGAAGACGGUAAAGCCCAGUUUAAAGCAAUUACAAAUGUCUAUACAAACAAUAAUGGCGCCAAAUUGGCCUGCAGAUGAAGUUAUUUUCGGACAAAAUCCCUUGGACAUGUUUGUAUGGCUGCCCAAGGAACAGCUUUACGUUCUGGUUUAUUUGGUAACCGUGUCACACUCAAUGAUGGCCGGCUACAUGGAUAAAGCCCAAAAGUACACCGAAAAAGCACUAACACAAAUCGAAAAGCUAAAAAGCCAAGACGACAAACCAAUAUUAUCGGUCUUCAAAGUCAUCUUGCUGGAACACAUUGUAAUGUGCCGACUAGUUAUGGGAAACCGUGAGUUGGCCAUACGCGAAAUAGCCAUAUGCCGAGACGUGUGUAUGUCUUCCGGUCCCAAAGGUCAAUUAAUGCGUAGACAUUCGGCCCAGCUGCACUGUCUGGUGGGUCUCUAUGCCAUGUCCACAAGUUUCUUUGAACAUGCCGAGCGACAAUUUCUUACCUGUGUAACAGAAACGAGUGAGAGAGAUUUGAAAUUAUUUGCAAAUCUCAAUUUGGCUAUUAUAUAUUUACGAACGAAGCGCGACAAAGAUUUGAAACAGAUAUUAGAUGCCGUCUCAACGGAAAAUACUCAUACGUAUAGCUCGCAGGCGUUAAUGGGAGGAUUUUAUUAUGUACAGGGUCUACAUGCUUUUCACAAAGCCAGUUUUCAUGAGGCCAAGCGAUUUCUACGUGAAACAUUAAAAAUGGCAAAUGCUGAAGACUUAAAUCGUCUGACGUCCUGCUCUUUGGUAUUGUUGUCCCAUGUUUUUCUCAGUAUUGGCAAUUCGAAAGAAAGUAUGAACAUGGUUACGCCGGCCAUGCAGUUGGCUUCAAAAAUUCCCGACAUCCACGUCCAGCUAUGGGGAUCGGCCAUACUCAAAGAUUUGCAUCGAAUGUCAAAGGAUGCCAUACACGAAAAGGAGGCAUAUGCCAAUCAUGUCAAAUAUUCAGAAAAUCUUAUUGCCGAUCAAUUGCGAUGUGUUCAAAGUCCACAUCAUGCAUUGAUCGAUUGGUUGGAUGGUCCGCCCAAUACAAUGUUGGCCAUUACCGCACCUGAAAAGGAUCAACAAAUGCCUACCAAUGCAUUGCCAUUGCCACCUGCGGAUGCAAAAACAACAAUGCCAGUGCAACAACCGCCUAUGAAUAUACAAAAACAACAGCAAGCACCAGCGCAAAAUAUGCAAUUACCCAUUGCAUCGACAUCAACAGCUAUACAAUACGCAGCUACGCCUAGUGUACCACAACCAGCAUCAGCGCCACCACUACAUCAACCGCAUAUGCAAUCAGUAAUUGUUCCAAGCAUUGCUGCAGCCCAUCCCAUUCCGUCGACAUCGAACCAAAUUCCACAAAACUUCCAUAACAUACAACAGGCAGUGGGGCCACAAGUCCAUCAGCUACAACCGCAACAAUAUGGCCAAUACUAUUAGGAUAUGUAGUCAUCAUAGGAUUAAACUGUUUUAUUUUCUUUUUAAAUACAGGUUAUUUUUUCGUUUAGAUUCUAAUAAAAAAAACACUCCUCUUUUUUU